GAUUAACAAUAAAAAAGAGAGUAGGAAGGCACAUCGAUGUUAAAUAUGGUAAGAGAUCUAUCAAUUCUAUUUUCACAUGCAACCUACUUCAGCUCGAUCCCUUCUUUCGAGUGGCGGCAAAGCAGGACAAAAGUGCGAUUGCGCGAUCGUCGAUAGAACUAAUCAUGACUAGAAUAUUUUCCGUAAAGUGCUUACGGUCAAUUUACCGAUUGACUGGAAUACAUGCGUACAUACGUAUGGAAAAAUAAUGUUCAGAAUCGUAAAUUGUGAAAGAUUGUUAUUGUAAACCGUGUAGGACGUAGGGUAGUAGAAAAUAGAUUCUAAAAGCUUAGUGUUCCGUUGGUAGUGCCGUUAUUGGGUGGUGAGUCUAGAGCGCGCACUCGGGAAGUCAUGUCGAAAAAUACCGAGCGAAGGCGAGGAUAACCGAAUUAAACCGAAUUAAGCCGAGUCAUAUGCGAGAUCGUGGCGCGAGGGAGCGACCCACGAGUACCCACGAGCUCGCAACGUCCGCGAGUGAGAGAGCCACCGAGGAUCGUUCUUCUUCGUGCUCCUUCGUCACGACGCACGAUCGAUCGGGCUUUAUGGAGACCCUCGAGGCGAGCCACGCGUGCCGCCUAUGCGGCAACAAGUCCGGUAUCUCCAUAAAUAUCUUCGACAAGAAGAAGAACCACAUCAGAAAGAUCAACGCCGUUCUACCGAUCAUGGUGCAUGAAAUGGAUUUAUUACCGAAGUUGAUGUGUCAUUUGUGUAGCUUCAAACUCGAAGAAUUUUACAAAUUUUAUUUGAAUUGCUUGAAAACGGACGCACAUUUAAAAAGCCAAUUGUCCUGGAUGAAGAAAAAAGAAGAAUCGAAGGAGAGAAUCGGUAUACCUAUGGUUCAAAUAAAAAAUGUCAAGAUCAAGGUCGAACCGAUCGAUUACGAAAUGUAUGAUUUGGAUCCGAUCGUUAAGAAUGUCAAUUACAUAGAUUCAAUGAAAUCAAGAACAUUUCCCAUGAAUAGAUCAUCAAGGACAUGUGGAAUUCGCGAAAAGAUGUCAUAUAAAACUUAUUGCCAAUGUUGGUGCGAUAAAAAAAAUCAAAGGGAACGGUCGAUAUCGAACGAAUAUAAAAAAUCUUGCGCUACAAAGAAAUCUACAAAUGAUGAAACAAACGUGGAAACUAGAACUGUUGCUGAUGAUUCAUUGGAAAUCAUUAGAAACGAUAUUUUACCUAGUCCCUAUUCCAAAAGAAUUUCUAUAAAUAAUUUAUCUGAACGAAAGAACGAAAUGAUCGGCACGAAUAUAUCUCGGGAUAACGAUAAAAUCUAUAGAAAUCGUCGCAUAAAAGGCGAGGUAUUAAGGAAUCCCUUGACCUGCAUUUUACGACCUAGAAAAAUUUCCGUUAAUUAUGUAGAAACAAGGAAGAAAUUACACAGUACCUUUAAAGUGCAUAACGGUGCAAAGUCAAGCAACGAUAUUCGUAGGACGAUGUCGUCCUUGGCUGAGGCAACAACGAGUAUUACACCAACGAUAAAAAUCGAGAAGGAGGAGGAGAUAGAAGUGGUGAAUGAAGAAGAGAAUGAGGAUACGAAAGAGCAAGGCGAAAAAGAAGAGAAGGAAGAGGAGGAGGAAGAGGAAGAUGAAGAAGAAGAAGAAGAAGAAGAAGAGAUGAAGAAGAUAACAAAUUUCGAAGGCCGUGCGUUGAGACCGCGUAAAGGAACGAUCAAUUAUAACGAAAGAAAAAGAAAAACUUUUGAUAAUUUGUAUCGGCCGUUAUCGCACAAUAUUAAUCUUGUCAAUGGUAAAAAGCAAAAACUUGAAAACGUUACACGCGAGUGGAGAUUAGCGAACGAGAAGACGAAACAAAAGACAAAAUUCAUGGAAAAGAACGUUAAGGUGAAGAUAAAGGAAGAAAUCAUCGACGAUCUCGAAAAUAUGAUUGUUGAUAAUUCCGAGAAGAAUAAAACGCGUAAAUCGGUUAAAAAUUCAUCCCUUAAUAUCGACGAUAUAUCCCAAAAAAUUGUUCCGAAAACAACCGAAUCAAAAUUCAUACCUACAACGAGUCAUUUACGAGAAUCCAGGGAUAGUUUACAUUUGUCUAAUAAAUUAGAAUCCUUGCCAAAGGUAUUAAGCAAAUCUAAUAAAAUAGUCGCGAAAUGUAAGAAGAGUUUACCUAUGGUAAGCCAAUCGUUAAAAUAUUUAAGGAGUCACAAUUUUUAUCUUAGAAGUGGUAAAAUCAAGAAAUUCGCCGAUGUCGAUAUAUUACCAGAGACAACGAGACAUAAUGCGAAACAAGUCAACUCCCGAAAUAGUCUAAAAAUUAAGAAAGAUCUUUCAAAUAUCGAUGAUACUUCUUUUUCUAGUACAAAUGUUCCUUCAUCUGUUAAUUUGAAACAUUAUUGCGAACGAUGUAAUAUAAGCUUCGCAAACAAAGAACUUUACAAGUUGCAUACUUGUUACGGUUGAUCUCUUUCUCUCUCUCUCUCCUAUCUCUCUCUUUCUUUCUCUCUCUUUCUCUCUCUCUCUUUCUCUCUCUCUUUUUGUUUUUCCUUUUUUAUUUCCUAUUAUUUUGUCUUUUCUCUUCUUUUUAUUAGGUACGAUGAUCUCUUCCGUUUAUUCAUUUUUUCUUUCUUUUUCUUUUUCUUCUUAUUUUGUAUUAUGAUAUAGCACAAAGGUUAACGUAUUUCUCAUUACCCAUAUGUUGUACACGUAUACCACACAACUCGAUCGAGCACGCACGUGCGUGCAUGCGCGUGCGCGUGCGCGUUAACAUUUUUAUUAAACUAUCUAAGAGUUUGUAUAUACGGAGAUUAAUAUUGACAUAUCGUGUGUUAAAAAGAGAUAUAUUCAUCAAUAGAUUAUGAUAAAUGCGUAAGGCCAAAGCAAUUGUAAAGUUGAUUUUAAAGAUAGUACCAUUAUAUAUAUAUAUUUUUUUUUUCUUCCUUUUUUUUCUAUUUUUCUUCUGAUUAAUAAGUCGUAUCUUAGAUAAUGAACGAUAAAUACGGACCAUACGUACAUAUAUUUUUUUUUUAUUUUUAUUUAUUUUUUUUUUUUUUUUUUUUUUUGUUUAAAGAUGCAGAUCAUUUACUAAUUACUACCAUUAUUAUUUCUACGUGCAGGAAAAUAUACAAACACGCACAUACAUACAUACGACAUAUAUACAUGCAACAUACAUACAUAUAUACAUAUAUACAUACAUACAUACUUGUUACUUGUUACUUGUUUAUCCGUAAAAUAUACGGACGUGAUACAAAUGUAAUGCAAUACGCUUAAGAAUAUAAAUAAGAGAUUCACAUAUCGCCUUUGUAAUUGAAAAAAAAAUAUAUAUGUAUAUAAAUAUUUUAUGAUAAAGAAAAGAUAUAAAAUAGAUUAUAUGAUUAAUUU